CGUGGCUUGUUGGCAUACCGGCACGCUGCCUCUGCGCCUGGCGGCAGCUCGGAGGAGAGGGGCGGUUGGUGUGGCUUCCAUUGUUCAGGAUCUGGGGCGCCAUGAGGGGCGACAGAGGCCGAGGUCGUGGCGGGCGCUUUGGUUCCCGAGGAGGCCCGGGAGGAGGGUUCAGGCCCUUUGUGCCCCACAUCCCGUUUGAUUUCUACUUGUGUGAAAUGGCCUUCCCUCGGGUUAAGCCAGCACCUGAUGAAUCUUCCUUCAGUGAGGCAUUGCUGAAAAGAAAUCAGGACCUUGCUCCCAAUUCUGCUGAACAGGCCUCUAUCCUUUCUCUGGUGACAAAAAUAAACAAUGUGAUUGACAAUUUGAUUGUGGCCCCAGGGACAUUUGAAGUGCAAAUUGAAGAAGUGCGACAGGUUGGAUCAUAUAAAAAGGGAACAAUGACUACAGGACAUAAUGUGGCUGACCUGGUGGUAAUCCUAAAGAUUCUGCCAACAUUGGAAGCCGUUGCUGCGCUAGGGAACAAAGUCGUGGAAAGCCUAAGAGCACAGGAUCCUUCUGAAGUUUUGACCAUGCUGACCAAUGAAACUGGCUUUGAGAUCUGUUCCUCUGAUGCUACAGUGAAGAUUUGCAUUACAACAGUGCCACCCAAUCUCCGAAAACUGGAUCCAGAACUCCAUUUGGACAUCAAGGUGUUGCAGAGUGCCUUAGCAGCCAUCCGACAUGCCCGCUGGUUUGAAGAAAAUGCUUCUCAGUCCACAGUUAAAGUUCUCAUCAGACUUCUGAAGGACCUGAGGAUUCGUUUUCCUGCCUUUGAGCCCCUCACACCCUGGAUCCUUGACCUACUCGGGCACUAUGCCGUGAUGAACAACCCCACCAGACAGCCUUUGGCCCUCAAUGUGGCAUACAGGCGUUGCUUGCAGAUUCUGGCUGCAGGACUGUUCUUGCCAGGGUCAAUGGGUAUCACAGACCCCUGUGAGAGUGGCAACUUCAGAGUACACACGGUCAUGACUUUGGAACAGCAGGACAUGGUCUGCUACACAGCUCAGACUCUGGUCCGAAUCCUCUCACAUGGUGGCUUUAGGAAGAUCCUUGGCCAGGAGGGUGAUGCCAGCUAUCUUGCUUCUGAAAUAUCUACCUGGGAUGGAGUGAUAGUGACACCUUCAGAAAAGGCUUAUGAGAAGCCACCAGAGAAGAAGGAAGGGGAGGAAGAGGAGGAGAAUACAGAAGAACCACCUCAAGGAGAGGAGGAGGAAAGCAUGGAGACUCAGGAGUGACUCCCUUCUCUCCACCCUUUCUUACCCAAGGGGAAGAUUGGAGCCUGAGCCAACUGCUAUUGGGCUCUAUGGUGGCAUUUCUGAGGGCUGGGGGAGACAGGAAAGAAAAUAAAAAUAAACCACGGAAGGAAAUGUCAUCCCGCUGAAUUCUUAUGUUGCUUAGUAGCCAGAAGUCUCCCAUCUCUAGUGAAGCAGGUUACCAACUUUUCUUCAUGAUAUUGUAGAAUCCCCGGCUCCUUGAAACCUCUCUUAACCAACCUCUCUUUGUUGUUGAAAUGUCAACUGUUCAUGCCUGGAAAUUUUUUUUUUUCUAAGAAAAAUAAAGUACUUCCUACUAGGGCU